UUCAAUCUUGGGAGUUUGGAAACUUGGAAUUUGCCAUUAUAGGUAUUCCUAAGCUACUCUGUGUAAUCACUCAUAACACUGACAAUAUCCUCUUCAACUGUUACACGCUCUUAAGAACUCUCAAAAACGUCAUGACAAGUCUUCUGGGGCCGAGUCUCUCCAACCCCAUAUCCAAAUCCUCCAUUUUCACCAACAAAGUCUUCUCUCCCUUCACUGAAAUCCUCUUUCCAACAUCUCUUGUUAUUCCCUCCAUAUCCUCUUCUUCCGCAGACACUCUAAAGCGCAAGCAGAAAGGGAAUACAAAUGGCCUCAACUUCAAAACCAGGACUGAAGCAAGUAACUUUGCCACUGCCCAAGUUGUGGAAGAAGUGGAGGUUGAAGUUGCUGAGGGUUAUAGCAUAUCCCAAUUCUGUGAUAAGAUCAUUGAUGUGUUUUUGAAUGAGAAGCCAAAGUCAAAAGAAUGGAGGAAGUAUUUGGUCUUCAGAAAGGAGUGGAACAAAUAUAGGGAGAGCUUCUAUAGUCGUUGUAGAAGGAGGGCAGAUAUGGAGAGUGAUCCGGUUAUAAAAGAGAAAUUGAUUUCUCUCGGGAGAAAGGUGAUGAAGAUUGAUGAAGAAAUGGAAAGAAACAGUGAGCUUCUUAAGGAGAUACAAGACAACCCAACUGACAUAAAUACAAUCGUUACAAAGCGGCGUAAAGACUUCACGGGGGAAUUUUUUCGGUACCUCACCUUAAUGUCGGAAACUUUUGACAGUUUGGAGGAUCAUGAUGCAAUGUCUCGGCUAGGUGCUAGAUGCUUAUCUGCUGUCAGUGCUUAUGAUAACACAUUGGAAAUUGUGGAUACAUUGGAUACUGCUCAGGCCAAAUUCGAUGACAUCUUAAACUCUCCAUCAGUGGAUGUGGCAUGUGAGAAGAUUCGAAGCCUUGCCAAGGCAAAGGAACUUGAUUCCUCAUUAAUCUUGCUGAUAAACGCUGCUUGGGCAUCGGCAAAGGAGUCCCCAACUAUGAGGAAUGAAGUCAAGGACAUAAUGUAUCGCCUAUAUAAAGCCACAAAGAGCAGUCUCAGGAGCAUUGCGCCAAAAGAAUUAAAGCUUCUGAAACAUUUGCUGAACAUCACAGAUCCUGAAGAACGAUUCUCGGCAUUGGCAACGGCUUUCUCCCCAGGCAAUGACUGUGAAGCCAAGGAUCCCAACGAUGUAUACACGACCCCUAAGGAGCUACACAAGUGGAUUAAGAUCAUGCUCGACGCGUACCAUCUCAACCAGGAAGAGACUGACAUUAGGGAGGCCAAGCAAAUGACUCAGCCAAUAGUUAUACAAAGAUUAUUCAUUCUCAAAGAAACUAUUGAAGAGGAAUAUUUAGAACAGAGAACAACAACCCAGAAGCCUCUAACAGAAGAGGAUACUCAAUCAGAAGAGUCAUGACAUUUACCCUGUAAUUUUACUGAUGUAGCUUCUCUAGUCUCCAAUGACAGCUUGAAUUCUGAAGCUUUUGAGUUUAACAAAUUCAAAGCAUCUUUGCUCGAGGAAUAAUCAAAACGACUUUUUGUUCCUCCUUUCCUGGGAGAAAAGGAGACAUUUUAUGUGCUUUGUGUAACAUAUUUAGCUUAUACUAAUUUGUUACCCGGGCUUUGCUGCGGGUAAUAUUUUUAUAUUAUAUAAAAGGAAAAGUAAUUUAUAUAUAUG